AUGACCAUCACACACCACAAACUGUCGCCCGAGGCGCUUCUCGAAGCUCCAAACAUGACUCAUCCUGUCCCAGACGCUGCAGGGAAACUAGCUGUUUAUGUGCAGAGCGCUUAUUCUUUCCAAUAUCACACUAUGCAAAAGCAAAUCCGCGUAAUAGAUCUGAAGACACUUCACCGGUCGUGGCCUAUCACUGAGAACAUCAGCGCAAAUUAUCCACAAUGGCUCGGUCGCAGUGGCAACCUUAUAUGGCUUGAAUCGUUGGAGAAUGGCCAUACCAACCUUGUUAUUCGUGAUGCACGGCUUGAGGAUACAGACUAUGUAGCAGGCACUGUACCUGGACAUAUAUCAAAUCUUAGAGUCACCAACAUUCCAUAUAUUGGAGACACUGACGAUGAUCUAGGAUUCGCAGUAGUAGGAAAAGUCAACGCAGACGGGUCUGUCUUUAAUCCUAUCGACCAGAGCUUAGACGGCAAGCGUACUGGCAGUUCCUAUACAGUCUUCCCUGGAGGACACGCAGAUUCGCUCAGAAGCCCACAAAAAAAUGUUAUCUGGUUUGGAAUGCUUUCCCGGCCAUCAGAAGCACCCAAUGGUCGCUAUACCAUGGGAAAGCUUACCAAUUUAAUGGAACAUUUCAAACUCACGGCAGUCGACUUACGGAUUACCCAUGGCCAAGAGAAGGACUGUCGGGACUUUGACAUCAAUUCCUGGACAAUUACCUUUGUGGGAAAUGACCUUGAUAACUUUCAAAAAACCCAUUUCAGUUGCUCGUGUUACGUCUGCCCGAUGCUUCGCUGGGAUGGAUUUCCACUGGAUGAUCUUUACCAUGCUUUCAGACACCGCGGUUUAGGAGGUAUCAUCUCAUCCCCUAUUUUGAAACCUAAUGACUCGAAUGUUGUAUUUUUAUCCCAGAAAACAGAUGGAUACAAUUCAGAUAAAAAUCGAAUUAUUUUUGUCCAUAACAAUCAAACCGGCGAGAACGAAGAGCUUUUCCAGUCUCGGGAUGGUGAGGGACAGUGGAAUUUGAGUCCUAGAGCUAUAUCAUAUGGCAUGGAUAAAUCGCUGCUAAUUCAAGUAGAGGAGAAAGGGCGGCGGGUUUUAUACAAGCUACGACUAGAUAAUUGGUGGCCAGAAAAACCUACUCCUGCCUCAUUAGAGCUGUUGAGUGGAUUCCUACGCAACGGGUCUGUCAUAAACGUCACACCGAUAUCAUCCAGCUUGUCAAAGUCCAGAUUGCUGGCCUCUUAUGAUAGCCUUAAUCAUGGCAGGGAAUAUAUUGCCUUUGAUCCAAAAUCUCCUGGAAUACAGUCUUUUACACCUCCUUAUAUCAAUCUACCCCGAAGUCAAAUCGCCGAGAUUUGGCCUUCCGGUGCAAACGGUCGUCAAGUGCAUACAUGGAUUGUCAAGCCAUCUUGGUUUAGGCCUGAACGAAGAUAUCCGCUGGCUUUGUUUAUUCAUGGCGGACCUCAGGAUGCAUGGCUUGAUCGAUGGAGUAUAAAUUGGAACUUGAUCACCUUUGCCGAGCAAGGAUAUGUAGUAGUCGCACCAAAUCCGACAGGAAGUACAAGUUACGGACAGGGAUUCACCGACGCAAUUCGAGGGUCAUGGGGUGGAUCACCAUACAACGACCUCCAGAAAGUUUUUGAACAUGUCAAAAACCACCUUAGUUACGUGGAUACAGAGAGAGCUGUGGCUCUAGGCCAUGGAUAUGGAGGGUAUAUGGUCAACUGGAUACAGGGUCAUGAAUUCGGCCGCCUUUUCAAGGCCCUGGUAACCGACAAUGGUAUUUUCAACAUGACAACUCAGUUGGCAAGUGAUACACAAGCUCUCCGUCAUGAUUUCAACGGGUUGCCUUGGGAAAACCCAACCGAAUGGCAGAAAUGGGAUCCCUCACAGUACGCUGGCCAUUGGCAAACACCCCAUUUGAUUGUUCACAACGAGCUAAAUUCUCAUCAACCGCUUGCGCAAGGCCUGGCUUCAUUUCAUACCUUACAGAUGAGAGGGGUUGAGAGUGCAUUUCUUACACUCCCGGAGGAGAAUCACCGUGAUCAGAACCCGGAAAACUUGUUGCUGUGGUAUCGUACAGUGAUUAGAUGGAUGAACCAACAUGUCAAGUCUAAAGUAUGA